AUUUGACUUUUCUCGCGGCGGCGAUCUUUACCACCGAUGCUUCCGGCGAACAGAAGCAGAGCUCUUUUAUCUAUCCUGAGCCAAACAAAAUCACUACACCAUACUCAACAAGUUCACGCUUAUGUCAUAAUCCAUGGAUUCAAAGAGGAAGUUGUUCUCGGAUCUAGUGUCACUAACGCCUAUAUAAAAUCGCAUCGUCUGGAUUUCGCUAGUGCUUCUUUCGAUCGAAUCCAUUUUUGGGUUCGAUCGAAAUCCAAGAGAAGCCAUUUGUCCCUGAUUAUAGAAACUCGAGAGACAAGCAUCUGUUCGCGUGUCUAAAGACUCCAGACGAGGCAGAAGCUCUGUGUUUUAUAAGAAGAGCAGAGGACAAUUUCAAAGCUUACGCUAAAACAAUAUUAGAAGAAGUUUCUUCGGUGUAACCUCGAAAUUUGCUUUAAAUUUAGUUGAGACCCUAAAGUAUUAGUUAAAUCCAAUUAAUCCCUUGUAAAUUAAAAAUUUCAAGAAUUGAUGUUUUAGGGUAAGUGAUGUUUAUCCAGAAGAUGCGAUACGCCCCUUUCUUCUGAUUGAAACAGAGCCGACAAAAGCAAGCAACUGUGAAAGAGAGAGAGAGAAAGCAAGAAAGCCAUGGGGCUAGAGGAUGCUGGAGAUUUGGUUCUCCACAUCAUAUUAUCCAAAAUCGGUCCUGAAAACACUGCGAGAGUGGCUUGUGUCAGCAAACGCCUUCAAGUUUCCGCCUCCGAGGAAUCCCUUUGGUCGAUCUUCUGUUCUAUUGAUCUUAAUAUCUCUACUCCUCUCGAUCCACAUGGAGAUCCUGCUCCUUCCUUCAAGACAGCAUAUCAGUUGUGGAGGGAGUCUUUUAGAAUGUAUCCUUGGAAUCUCGUUAAACGAGUCAGACGUUGUUGGGACAACUUGAAACAAUGGUUGAGCUUAAACUUCCCUGAAGCAAAGGCUACACUUAGAAAAGGUGCCACAGAGGAUGAUCUUGAACAAGUGGAGACUGCUCUCAAAGUGAAACUUCCUCUUCCCACGAGGCUUCUCUACCGUUUCGUCGAUGGCCAAGAAUCUUCUUCCUCCAAUGGCUCACUUGGGCUUAUAGGUGGCUACUCUUUCUAUACUCAUCAUGUUAAUGUCUACUUGCCACCUCUUAAGGAAGUGAUAUGGGAGACAAAGGAAACAAUGAAGCUCCUCGGUAUCUCUAGCAGAUUGAACCUUAUCGUUGUUGCUGUAUCCGCCGUGUCAAGCCUCAAAUUCUUUUUCCUAGACUGCACAAACGGGCAGCUUUAUACUGGCACAUCGACCCGUCAAAUGCUUCCUUGUGUACCCGAUUCUUUGGUCAGAUCUGUUCAUGAUACCAACGACGAUCACCAACAGGAUGCCAUGCUGCUUUGGUUGGAAGAACAUGGUCGGCGGUUACAAACCGGCACUAUAAAAGUCCGUCAACAAGAUAACAUGAAAAGCAUCUGUUUGUUCCCAGAGACUCCUCCCUUGUGUUCUGUUGCUGUAACUAAUGGUGUGCAGGUACGUGCUUCGUCUGUGUUUAUCCCUGAAAUAUCUAACCUUCGGGAUCAGCCACCGGCAUACUGGUAUGCAUAUUCCAUACGCAUGUCUCUCUUGCCAGAAGGAUGCAUCUUGAGUGGGACACACCAUAGCUCUUGCCAACUGUAUUGGAGACACUGGAUCAUCCGAGCUGAUGGUGCGGUAAUAGAUACUGUUAAUGGAGAAGCUGUGAUAGGAGAGUACCCGCUCUUACAAGCCGGGGAAGAAGAAUUUGUGUAUGAGAGUUGUUCCAAUUUUCCAACAACUACUGGAGCCAUUGAGGGAUGUUUCACCUUUGUCCCUGGAAGUUUGAAAGAUCCAAAAGGGAGUCAAUUCGAAGUCGAAGUCGCAGAGUUCCCUCUCAAGUUACCAGACUACAUCUUCUAAGCUCAUCUGGCGCAAGGUUCGUUACUCCUUCUAGAUAGUGCUGUAAUAUCGGUUUUCAUUGUUCAUACAGCGUGCGAUGUACUUGAAAAAUAAUGGUGUUUUGAUCGUCUAGUUUGCAAGUUCAUGAGAACAGAUUAUUCUUAACUUUAUUACAUAAAUAACAAGAGAGUGAGUGAUCA